GAAGUCCAAACGUGAUUGGUUGAAAACAGUCUUUAUGAAUAAGCUGACCAAUCAUGAAAAGGUGAUCUUAUCUACAGUGCAAUUGAAAACAGGAUUGUCGAAAUUUAACUUGCUGUGAUCGAUUUACUGAAAGUUGUAGAAAUUAAAUAAGAAUUUGAAAUGGCCGGAGACAAAGCUGUAGCAACCGCUGCCAAACCCCAGAUGCGCGGGCUCCUCAAUUCGGCCAUCAAGCGUAACCUGAUUGUGGCCAUCACCCUCUCUGCCAUAUCUGGUUUCGCUUUCAAGCAGUUAGUGGGCAACGAACGCAAGAGAAAGUAUGCUGAAUUCUACAGGACAUAUGACGCUGAGAAGGAAUUCGAGGAGAUGAGGAAGAAGGGCCUGUUCCAGUCGUGCUGAGCGGCGCGCGCGUAGUGUAGAAUUAUUAUUAUUUGCUGUGAAUAACGUUAAAAUAAAAUUAUAAUGUAAUUCGCUC